GUUCUCUAUUACCUUUGAUUGUUUAACGGUUUUUAUUCAAACAGGUAACAAAGUAACAAUUUUAUUGAUUCAGGAUAAAUUUAUACUGAUCCUGUUUAGUCCUACCUUCGUCUCUAUUGUUUUUUCCUCAUGUCGACUGUUCGAAAAUGUCGUGGUGUCAGGUAUAAUUACUUUGUUGACCCUUUUGUAUUCUCACGAAAAAUAUUAGCCAUGUGUUUCCUCAAUUAAUAGAAGACACGACAAGGUAAUUCUUAAUUUUUACUUCUUUGUUGGUGUUAUUUCCCGUUAUUUUAUCCUUCGUUUUACUUAUGAAAUGCUCACUCAAUCGACAACUUCAACCAAUUUCAAUUUGAGUAUUAUCUGAUAAUAGUUUAAACCUACAGUUGUUUCUUGACAUUUUGAUGCACAUUUAUAAGUAGAUAGAGGAAAAAACACCAAAAUGAACUUUAUGACAUUUUGUUCUCAAGUAUAAGUGAAUCUUUUACUGAUAUUUGUGCCGAUGAAGGUCAAUGUGAUUAGACGUGAUGUGGCAUGUUGGGAAGCCAAUCAAAUCUGACCCCGAAGCAAUUAUGUUACAUCAGACACACAUCAGACUUCACGAAUGUAUAACGACGAGGUGUAAACCUUCAAUUGAAAUGUACCAGGAUAUCCAGGUAGACACAAAGUAAAGCGAAAAAUAAUUGCGGGUCAUUUCCAGGCAAAUCACGAAAAGCGAAUUGACAGCCAUUUUUGUUGUUGUUCGACCUCAUUAUUGAAAAAAGUUUGACACUAAUCAAGUGAAUCUCCACAGCAGUCUGCUACUUGAAUUGUUGCUGGAAUUUUGUCGAUUGGUGCCAUCCAUCUUAUGUAGGUGCAUAUUUCCCAUUGCUGAGCAGCUCCCGUAUGUACGCAAUGAAACAAAAGUUGACAACUGGCGGUAUGCACUUGGAUUGUGCGGUUUUCAACUGUUGUGGGGUGAGUGGCCCCAAUAAUUUACCACGAUCCGCCAGGUAUAUACGUUACAUACCUGUGCGUGUCUUCCACGAUUAUUACCCGAGGACUGGCGGGGGGGUAUAUAAAGCCUGCAUAUCAUCAAGGUAGAAUCACUCACUGUCUUGUCUUGUAUCAUCAAACAUGAACACUUCUAUCCUGGUUUUGGUUUUUGUUGCCGUUGUGGUCGCCGUGAUGGCAGCCCCACCUGCCAAAUACGACGGCUACUUCCAGUAUGCCAACGUACCCGGAGAUUCUGAAUACGAAUUUGGUUUCAACCGCGGAAAUCCUUCCCACUACACUUCCCGUUACGAACAGUCAAAGGACAGCCGUUUCCGCACCAAGGUCAAGUGGGCUGACAACAACGAAGGUUACGGCGAGCAAUAUUGGGAAUACAACCACAGCAACAACUACGCUCCCGCUCCGGUUUACCCCGCUCCAGUUUACCCUGCUCCGGCUUAUCCCGCUCCGACUUAUCCAGUUCCUUCUUACGAGGGUGGUGCAGGUGCCGCCGCUUAAGACGUGAACUUGGAAAAGUUUAAAUGUUGUCAACUACAACUAUAAUUGGAGAUUGAAAUUAUUGUUGCCCAUCAUCCAAGUAAUUUUAUUAUAUUUAUGUCUUCACUUUGACUUGGUGGUGACGUCAUCUGCCGGUCAGGUGUGUCAUUUCCUCCUAUUUCCAGCAAUAAAACUCAUGUUAUAACUCAA